GGCGCCCUAGCCCGAGCGGGGGGAGCCCAGCCGCGCCCCGGGAGAUGGAACAGCGGAGCCGGCCCGGCGCCCUCCGACACCUGCCGCCGCUGCUGCUGCACGCGCUGCUGCUCUGCGCGGCCCACGCGACAUUUACCGAAGUCCCCCAAGAUGUGACAGUCCGGGAGGGAGACGACAUCGAGAUGCCCUGCGCCUUCCGGGCCAGCGGAGCCACCUCGUACUCGCUGGAGAUCCAGUGGUGGUACCUCAAGGAGCCGCCCCGGGAGCUGCUGCACGAGCUGGCGCUCAGCGUGCCCGGCGCCCGGGGCAAGGUGACAAAUAAGGAUGCAACUAAAAUCAGCACCGUGCGUGUCCAGGGCAAUGACAUCUCGCACCGGCUGCGGCUGUCGGCCGUGCGGCGGCAGGACGAGGGCGUGUACGAAUGCCGCGUGUCCGACUACAGCGACGACGACACGCAGGAGCACAAGGCCCAGGCGCUGCUGCGCGUGCUCUCACGCUUCGCGCCGCCCAACAUGCAGGCCGCCGAGGCCGUGUCGCACAUGCAGAGCAGCGGCCCGCGCCGCCACGUCCCCGCCAGCGCCGCUAACGCCAACACCGUGGGAGCCACCGGCACCGUGGGCCGCGCCACCUCCGACCCCGGCCGCAGCGACAAAAGCCCGCCCCCGGGGAGUCCUCCUGCUGCAGCCUGGAGCCCGGGAGUCCCGGAGGUGGCAGCCGCCUCUGCGGCCCACACAGCCACCACCACCGUCGCGGCCGCGGCAUCCUCAGCAUCGCCGCCACGGGGCCAGGCGGCCCUUCUGUGCCACUGGCGCGGCUCAGGCACGGGCCCCAGCUCCGCCACAGACCCCCUGCUGUCCCUGCUCCUGGUAGCUCUGCACAAGCUCCUGCGCCUGCUGCUGGGGCACUGACGGGCACGGCCCCGCCCACGCCCGCGACGGGCCGCCGCCUCGGACGCCGCCGGGAGCCUGGGGGAAGCAUGACAAGGUCCACGAGGACAGUUACCCAGUCACAUUUUGGGGGAGGUCACACACACGUACAACACCUAGAAUCACGCAUCUAGUUCCCAAAUAAGAUGGAAUUUGGACCAUGCGGCCUGCAUGGGGACCAGUGAUUUCUCUACUUCAAUGUAUUUUUUCUUUCCUAAACUUUUUUCCUCCAGGUCUUCAUUUUGCACGAACUGUUGAGCAGUUAUCUUUAGGAUACUAUGUAAAAAAAAAAAAAAAUAUGUUGGGUCAAAGGCCUUUCUGACAAAGCAGAACUAUUUUUAGUAGAUUAUUUGUGUUUAGGAUUUUUUUUUUUAUUUACUCUUUUCCUUUGGGGGCUUUUCCUUUUUUUUUUUUAUUAAAGUAAGUUAUUUCUUUUGAGAUGUUUUGAUUUUAAAAAAAAAAGAAAAAAAGAGAUACAUCUUAUCAUAAUUAAAAUCCACUGUCAAUAAUAUUUAUUUUUAAAUAAAGAUUGGAAACAAGGUCAGACACUUGUUUAUAAACCGUAUUGUAUACCUG